CGGAAGAAACAGUCAUUCCGUUUCCUUCCUUUCUUCCGUGCAAGGUGCCGGCCAUGGCUCCGAGCCGCUGUCGUCGGACGGGCUCCCACAAGACCCAUUCUUUGGCCCGCCAGUGGAAGACGAAGCGGCGGCGUUGCGACCUAGACCAAAUUCACCAGGACCUGAAGCCGGAGAACGCGGCGAAGCUGCUUCGCCAGGAGCCGGACGCCGACCUGCCCGGAAGCGCCCAGCACUACUGCCUACACUGCGCGCGAUACUUUGUCGAUUUGAAAAGCAUGAAGGAUCACUUUAAAUCUAAGGUUCACAAAAGAAGGCUGAAGCAGCUGAGGGAGGAGCCAUACACUCAGGAGGAGGCCGAGAGAGCCGCUGGGAUGGGAUCCUAUGUCCCUCCCAAAACAGUUGAAGUUCACACGCAACCUCUCAAUGAGAUGGAGGACUCCAGCUGAGAAUGGUGGCAGCGUCAGCAGGACCAAAUGAAGCUUUCCCACUUGAAAAUCCUUAAGACAAUAGGAGUGUUGUGGGAGAGGAUAGUGGCAUUGAGCCAUAAACUCCAGCAAAGAGGAGAGCCUCAUCUCCUGUGCUUCCUUCUUGUGGGAAAGACCUUUGUGGCUGGUUCUCUUUGGUGGUUAUCAGAGUUCAGCAGGAAGUCUUGAGAGAGAGCAUCCGAUGAACCUCAUUAUGUCACUAAUUGCUUCUCAUACAAAAUCAGCUAUUGUGUGGGGGUAGCUUGCUCAGCAUGUGACCUUUUCCAUCUCUUUCAUGAGUCCUUUUAAUAAAAGCUGCCUGUUGGCUAAA